AUGAAUAAACAAAAUAUUUCACCUAAAAAAAAAUCGAGCUUGUUAAGUAUACUACAUUUAAGGAAAAAAAAAACAACAACGCCCGAAAUUGAUACAUCAAAACAAACAUUUUAUCAAUUAGAUGGCCCAUAUCGUAAUGUUUCUAAUCCACUCAAUAGAAGCACAAAUGUCUCUUUAUGUUGCGCAAUUACCGAGACAACAAAGACACCGUCUGAUUUCCAGAAUGGAGAAAACUCAAAUGAACCUGAUGUGUGUUCAUGUACAGUGGAACCCAAUACUUCUCAUAAACGGUCUUUGAGUCUGGGCUUACAUUCAUCUACCAACGGUGUGAAUCCAGAAUAUAAAGAUACUGAAACAAAUGAACCAUCAACUCCUUCUUCGGAAAAAUGUGACAGGUUACGGAAAAUGUUUAGCAAUGUACAGCAUGUGUCUGCCGAUAGUAUCAUUAUUCCAAAAACCCCUAGCAUAAAUACAGCAGAUUCAAAGCCAAUUCGUCCAUCAUCUACAACUACUUUAACAGCAUCUGAAUAUAUAAAAAAAACUGAAACUAAAAAUAACUCAAUGGAUAGUUUAGCCAGACAGGCUUUAUUUGCAGUACAAGUAUUACAUCUUAUUCCCACAUCUGAUGUUAAAGAACGAAACUAUUUACAUGGGCGUAUUGCAGGGAAUUCUUUACUAGGAGCUAUGGAAUUGGAGCGAGUUUUACAUAAUCGUGAAGUUCGUAUAUAUGUUGGAACCUGGAACAUGAAUGGCCAAGCGCCUCCACCUGAACUUAAUGAACUACUACUACCAGAUACUGUUCCUCAUUUGCCAGAUAUUCUUGCUAUAGGUACCCAAGAAAGUUAUCCUGAUAAAUUUGAAUGGGAAGUAAAUAUUCAAGAAACUAUUGGUCCAUCACAUAUUCUUUUUCAUUCUGCUUCAUUAGGCACAUUACAUUUAGCCAUUUAUAUUCGAAGAGAUUUAAUUUGGUUUUGCUCUGUUCCCGAAGAAUCAAGUUUUAGCACUCGACCAGGAACAGCAUUUCGAACAAAAGGCGCUGUCGCAAUUUCGUUUUCUUUAUUUGGGUCGUCAAUAUUAUUUAUAACAUCGCAUCUUACUGCACAUGUAGAAAAAGUUAAAGAACGUUUACAAGAUGUGCGUAGAAUUAUUAAAUCUUUGGAACUUCCAAAACUUUUGCCUGUUAAACAUAAAACGAAAGAUGUUACUAAUAAUUUUGAUUAUGUAUUUUGGUGUGGGGAUCUAAACUUCAGAUUAGCCCAUUCACGAUCCGAAGUCAUGAAAUGGGUUUCACAGCAUAGGUUUCCUUUGGUUUCACCUAUUCAUCAAACACUUUCAGAUCAACUGAAUGACUGUAUUUCAAAUGGUUUAGUAUUUCGUGGAUUCCAAGAAGGCCCAUUAACAUUUGCACCAACAUAUAAGUAUGAUCCAGGAACUGAAAUGUUUGAUACAACUGCUAAACAGAGAACACCUUCAUAUACAGAUAGAAUUCUUUUCAAAUGUGGGAAACAACAGGUCCUACCAAGUCCUACAGGUUCUACUUGUACUUCAUCUAGUAUUGAAUGUUUAACUUACUGUUCAGUUCCAACAGUAUGUACAUCUGACCAUAAACCAGUUUGGGGUCUUUACAAGUGUUCAAUUCGGCCUGGUAUUGAUACUAUGCCUUUAGCCGCUGGACAGUUUAAUCGUGAUGUUUACUUGGAAGCAAUCAAAAGACGAGCCGCAAGUAUGGACAAACGUGUUGGAACUUCCGCUGUUUGUAAUGUACAAUAA